CCCUGAACAGGGCUGAGGAUGGCUGCGCCCAGCUACUUCCCGCUGAUGGUCGAGGGGUCCUGGGGUCCCGAUCCCCCGAAGAGCUUGAUCACCAAGUUGCAGUUGUACUUCCAGAGCCAGAAGAGAUCGGGAGGCGGGGAGUGUGAGGUCCGACAGGAACCCGGCAGCACGGCCCGCUUCCUAGUGCUCUUCCACCCACAUGACGUUCGGCAGAAUGUUCUGAAGAGAGAGAACCACGAGUUAGCAUUGCCAGGAAAAGGAACAUUUAAGUUAACGGUCAAGUUGCUUCCAGACCCAAAUGAAGUCCAUGAUGUCUCUAAGGAGAAAAUUCCAGCAAAGGAAUCCAAGGCCAAAGAACAUGCCAAAGAACCAGAUGCAUCAGAAGAUACACAAAUCUCUCUCAACAAAAGAUCAGAAAAAAUGGAAGAUAUCCCAAAGCAAUGUGAAAAUAUUCCCUCUUUGGUUGCAUUUGAAAAUCUCAAAGCAAAUGUGACGGACAUAAUGCUAACCUUGUUGGUGGAGAACAUAAGUGGCCUGUCCAGUGAUGAUUUUGAAGUGGAAGUAAUACGAGAUUUUGAUGUUGGCGUAGUUACCUUUCGAAAAUACAUAGAUGCCAUGAAAUUUGUUGAAGAUUGUGCCAUGCACCAUUCAGUGACACAACUUCAGCUUUCCCCAAGACUUCUGGAAAUGACAAAAAUAAUCAGGGUUGAAAACCUGCCGCCUGGUGUUGACUCCUAUGAUUUGAAAUGUUUAUUUGAAAAUCCUCAAAAUGGAGGGGGAAGAGUUGUCAGUAUUGAAUGUUUUCCUGAAGAGAGUUCAGCUCUGAUAGAAUUUUUUGACAGAAAAGAUUUGGCUGCUAAACGCCAGUACCAAUCCAUAGCCAUCCCUGCCAUUAGUUCUGGAGACGGUGGCUUUCCCUUAUCCCAGUGUGUGGAGACCAUUGUUUUGGCCAUCAAGGAAACCUUCCAGUAUAACUGGGCUGGAUGCACCUUGAAAGAGGUUUACCUUGUGGAUUUAGCUGAGAAGACUGUUGAGGCCUUUGCUGAAACUGUGAAAACUGUAUUUAAAAACAACAAGCCUGGUACUGCUUGCCUGCCCAGUGUACCAGCAGGAGUCCAGCCGGGUCCGAGAAACACUGAUGGAAACAGACAAAUGCUGCUGUGCCCAGGCGGUCUGAGGAUCCUGUUGGUGAAAGGAGACGUGCAGAAUGCUGUGGCUGACGUUGUCGUCAACUCCAUUCCUCGGGACCUCAACCUUAAUAGUGGGCCCCUUUCUCAGGCCCUCUUGGCAAAAGCUGGGCCAAAUCUCCAGAAGGAAUUGAAUGCAGCUGCACAAGGGAUAGCUGUUGAUGUGGGCACAAUUCUUCAAACCACUGGUCAGAGUGUGUCCUACCAAGUGCUUCACGUGGUGGCUCCGAACUGGAACAAUGGUGAUACAUCUUCACUCAAGAUCAUGCAAGACAUAAUCAGAAAAUGUUUGGAAAUGACUGAGAACUUGUCCUUAAACUCAAUUGCGUUUCCAGCCAUAGGAACAGGCAAUUUGGGGUUUCCUAAGACUGUUUUUGCUGAAUUGAUCAUUUCGGAAGUGUUCAAAUUUAGUAGCAACAAUCAACCAACAGCUUUACAAGAGGUUUGCUUUCUGCUGCACCCGAGUGAUCACGGGAAUAUUCAGGCAUUUUCAGAUGAAUUUGACAGAAGAGCUAAUGGAAAUUCCAUCAGUGACAGAAUUCCCAAGGCUCAGAAUACACAAGGUUUGUAUGGGACUGUUACCAGCCCUGCUUCAGGAGUGUACGAAAUGAAAAUUGGCCCCAUCACCUUCCAGGUGGCCACUGGAGAUAUUGCUAAAGAAGCAGCAGAUGUGAUUGUGAAUUCAACAACAAAGACAUUUGAUCACAAAGCAGGGGUCUCCAAAGCAAUUUUGGAAAAGGCUGGACAAAAUGUGGAAACAGAAUGUUCUCGCCUAGCUCAACAGCACAACAAUGGUUAUAUAAUUACUGAUGGUGGAUCUCUGAAGUGCAAGAAUAUUAUUCAUGUCGUUGGUGGAGCUGAUGUCAAGAGAUCAGUUACCCGUGUUUUGCGAGAGUGUGAAAAACGGAAUCACUCGACCAUUUGCCUCCCAGCCAUUGGGACAGGUUUGUAUGGGACUGUUACUAGCCCCACUUCAGGAGUGUACGAAAUGAAAAUUGGCCCCAUCACCUUCCAGGUGGCCACUGGAGAUAUUGCUAAAGAAGCAGCAGAUGUGAUUGUGAAUUCAACAACAAAGACAUUUGAUCACAAAGCAGAACAAGACCCAGAUAAGGUUGCUGAAGCCAUAAUGGAUGCCAUUGAAGACUUUAUCCAGAAAGGACUUGUCCGGUCUAUGAAAAAAGUUAAAGUUGUUAUCUUUCAGCCUCAAAUAAUGGAUGUGUUUUUUGCCAAUAUGAGAAAAAGAGAAGGCUCCCAGGCUCCCUCACAGUCUAUAAUGUCUAAAAUUGCAUCAUUUUUGGGCUUCUCAAAGCAACCUCCCCCCAAACGAAAGCCUUUGGUUUUGGAGAAGAAAAUGGAAUCAGCAAUUUUUCAGGUGUGUGGUGAAAAUGAAACAUCUGUACAAAACGCCCUCUACUGCCUACAGAAUCUGAUGGAAAAGGAACAGAGUCUUUACACCAGUGAAGAGGAAUGUAUCAAAGACUUUGAUGAAAAGGAAUAUCAGGAAUUGAAUAAGCUGCAGAAGGACUUGAAUAUUUUGGUGGAAUUGGACCAUCAGAAACCUUUGAUUAAGGUUUCAGGGAUUAGCAGAGAUGUGGAACAGGCUAGAAAUGCAGUUGAGGAGAUGAUCAAGACAGUUAGAUCAGCCAAAGAGCAGGAAUCCAGAGCAGAUUAUAUCACUGAGUUUGUAGAAUGGCAAUAUGACGACAAUAACACUUAUCGUAGUUUUGACAAAAUAACCAAUAUGAAAUUGGAGGAGGCCAGAAAAAAAAGGGAAGAAACAGUUGAUGUCCUAAUUAAUAAUCAGAACUACACAGUGGACAUGAAAACAUGCAUUGCUACAGGUGCAAACGGACACAGUUUACAAAUUCAGCGCAUCACGAAACCUCAAG